CCGGUAGUAACAGUAACAGUAUCAAAUGUCCCUAACACAAAAUGUCCUCUUUUUAAUUCCAGACGCACGAGGAUACAUACGUCUUUUUAACACUCCUCUCCCUCUCUCUCUUUAACGCCAUCAUCAGCACCCUCUUCAUCUUCUGUUCACUCACCUCACUCACUCACCACUGUUUUCUUCCUUCCUUCCUUCCUUCCUUCUAAACCCACCAAAACCCAAUGUCUACCAGAAUUCAAUCCCAUCAGCUCAAAAAUGGCCUCCUAGUCUCCGGAAGACCAGACCACCAGCUCAAAGAGAAGCCCCCCACUAUGGCUUCCCGCUCCGUCCCCUACACUGGCGGUGACAUUAAAAAAUCUGGGGAGCUUGGCAAAAUGUUUGACAUCCCUGUCCUUCUCGAUCAGCCCUCCCCUCCUCCUAUACCGAAGCAGCCCUCCCGCCCUUCUUCCUCUUCCCAGCACAACAGCGGAUCCGUUCGAUCCGGCCCCAAUUCCGGUCCUUUCAAGAAAUCUUCGGGCCCCAUGCCUCUCCAGCCCACCGGUCUCAUCACUUCCGGCCCUUUGGGUUCUGGUCCGCUCCCUCCUGCCCACCGGAGAUCCGGUCAGCUCGACCAUACCGCUUCCGGGGUUGGAUCCGCCUCUAGUAAGGCUCUCUAUGGCUCCGCAGUCACCAGCUUUACGGAGGAUGUCAAGGUCGGUUUCAGGGUUUCGAGGCCAGUGUUCUGGGUAGUGCUGGUGGUGAUAGCUAUGGGUUUGCUCGUGGGGGCCUUCCUCAUGGUAGCUGUUAAGAAAGCGAUCAUCUUGGUCGCGGUGGGGGCGAUUUUGGUGCCGGUAGUUGUGGGACUUGUUUGGAAUUGCGUAUGGGGAAGGAGGGGGCUGUUAGGGUUUGUUAGGAGGUAUCCCGAUACUGAGCUUAGAGGUGCUAUUGAUGGUCAGUACGUCAAGGUCACUGGGGUUGUCACUUGUGGCAGUAUACCCUUGGAAACAUCUUACCAGAGGGUAUCCAGGUGUGUAUAUGUUUCCACAGAGUUGUACGAAUAUAGGGGAUGGGGUGGAAAAUCUGCACAUGCCAAGCACCGUUUCUUCUCAUGGGGAUCUAGAUAUUCAGAGAAAUAUGUGGCUGAUUUUUACAUAUCAGAUUUCCAAUCUGGACUAAGAGCAUUGGUGAAGGCAGGCUAUGGGGCUAAGGUUGCUCCAUUCGUGAAACCAUCUACAGUAGUGGAUGUAAAGAAUGAGAAUAGAGAUUUAUCUCCAAGCUUCUUACGCUGGCUAGCUGAUCGCAGCCUAUCCAGUGAUGACCGGAUUAUGCGUCUCAAAGAAGGGUAUAUCAAAGAAGGGAGCACUGUAAGUGUCAUGGGUGUUGUGCGACGCCAUGAUAAUGUGCUGAUGAUAGUUCCACCGCCAGAGCCUGUCUCAACAGGUUGUCAAUGGUUCCAAUGCCUCCUGCCAACUUAUGUUGAAGGUCUUGUUUUGACAUGUGAUGAUACUCAAGAUGCCGAUGUAGUUCCUGUGUAGACAUCCCAUAAUCUUGUGUUCUCUCUUGAACUUGAUUUCACAAGGAAAUACUGGGAAGGGUGCCGAGCAAUGGAAUCAUCAGGCACCGGAAGCCUCAUUCUCUUUGUUUCCAGGUAUUAGAAGUGCAUAUAAAAUGCCAUAAAGAGUUCAGAGCGACAGGGACUGAAGAUCAUGCAUUAGUAUAAUCUAGUGACAUGGGAUAACAUGCUUUGGAGAUUGUGACAGGUAUUCACUAGAUAAAAAAGAAUAUAGAGGUAGCUGCGCAAAGAAGCUGUAAAGUAGAGUGUUGUAUCAUGGUGAUGGUGGUGGUAAGCAUUUUGAUUUUGGCUGAAAUGUGUAUAUAUAUAAGUUAGGAGAGUUGCCCAGAGGGGGUUCUGGAGGAAAUGGUUGCUUUGCUUACUUUGAAUGAACUCGAUUUUAUUAUGGCAAGUAAUAUUUUGUCUA